GGCAAAACGCAUUAGGGGUGUUUGUAUACAUCCCUGAUUAGACGGUGGUCGUUCGAGUCAUUUCACAUAAAAUUGAAUCAUUGUAUAUGGUUAUAUUUAACGGUAUGACAUGUGGUGAAAAGAAGCAGGUGUGCAAAAAAAAAAACAAUGACGACGCAUGUGAUCUGCAAUAAUAAAAAUAGAAGCUACGCGACGUGAGAUUUGUGAACGAAUCAUUUUUUUUAGAGCCGGAUCUCUUAAAUGAUUCAUUCAGGAAUCGAUCCGAGGCGUUCUCGUUUCAGCAAUUCGCCGACUCACUGAACCGCCUCUUUUUUUUUUUUAAACAUCGAAUCUCAAUAAGACAAACGAACAACCGAAUCCGAUAUGAUUUUCCGUAUAUGUCUGAUUCAUAACCCGAGAAGGUGUAAUGAUUUGAUUUGACUGGACAGUAUUUUUGCCAACCAGCAGAAAUGUAAACAUUUCGAAAUCGACUCGCAGCGCUUUAAUGAUCACGAAACCUGAAUGGAAACGACCUUAUUAACGGAACUAACACAAAAAUAAAAAGAUGGCACCACGAAAUGCCGCAAAGAAUCAUUAAACCGGUUCUUUGAAACGAACCGUCUGAAAGAACCGAUUCACGGAAAGGACUCUGCAUCGCUGCUUCAGAGGGGUGGGGUUUACACCGCCCGAUCUCAUUGGAUGUUGAUCGAAAAAAAUGAUUCGACAUCAUGAGCUAUUUAUAGCCGGAUCCGUGUUUAUUUUGCUCUGACUGCUGGCUUGAGUCUCAUGUGCUGGCGUGUUCUCCGUUUAUCUGGAUAUUCUGGCUGUUGUGUCAUGAUCACUGAUUCAUGCCUAGCCCGGAUUUCAAUGUCAUGUCGAUAAAAUAAUAACAGGUUAUGACAUGUGAUGAUUGCAGUACAUUGAUUCCAAAGAAAGCCAAAGGCAUUAAGAACGUAGGUUCCUGGGUGGAGCUGCAUUUUAAUAAUGGAGGAGGCGGCACUCCUAAAGGAGGUUCGGAGGAUCAGUCUGCCAGCGCCGCCCCAAGCGGAGACCUGGAGAAGAUGCUGCUGGACGCUCAGCACGAGUCGGGCAGGAGCAGCUCAAGAGGAAGCCUGCCGUGUGACAGUCCUCCAAGAUCCCAGACUCCUUCACACUUGCGCAGAGGCUCCGAGGUCCACAGCUCUGGAGAAAAGAACAGUUCACAGGUAGACACCUCGUCACGACUUCAGCAGAUUGUACUAAAACAGUCGGAGGAAGACUAUCUGGAGAGGAGAAAAGAGGUGGAGAUCCUGAUGAAGAAAAAUGCGGACUGGAUCUGGGACUGGUCGAGUCGACCGGAAAACCUGCCACCGAAGGAGUUUCUGCUGAGACACCCGAAGCGUUCCAGCACACUCAGCAUGAGGAACACCAGCGUGAUGAAGAAGGGAGGGAUCUUCUCAGCAGAAUUCCUCAAGGUUUUCCUGCCCUCUCUUGUCCUCUCGCACAUCCUCGCUGUGGGUCUCGGGGUGUACAUCGGAAGGCGCAUCGCUACCUCCGGCACCUUUUGAGGGAGCAGGAAAAGCCGAGGAACGAGACAAAACCUCAUAUGUGCACAUCCACCAUCUCAGCUGCUUUGUCGUGAAUCAGUGCUUGUGUAGACGCAGAUAAGACAAGGUCACGUGACACAUUUCCUCUCUGCCUCGCUCCCCCCUUGUGUAUUCCACUGGCCUUUCCCAUAGUCCCCAUCCCAAAAAUGCCAGUCCAUUCCAGGGCCGUCAGCACAGGGAAAGCCGAUGCUAGACUUAGGGGCAGAUGCUGAUAGAAUUAGAUGUAAUGCAUCCUCGUAAUUUUGUAUUUACUCGUACCAAGACUACUGAGAAUAUUAUGAGAGGAUCGUAAGAAAGGAAUACGGAUGAGAGAGGAGAAAUGAAGUAGUAGUGCUGGAUCUCCAGAGAUGCGGUACAUGUAACUGCAGACUGUGAAUCGGGAAGAGAUUUAGCCGUCUACCCCAUAUCAAAACAGGGAUUGUAUGUAUAUAUUAUGGUAUAUCUCAACAUUUGAUGAUAUAAUAUAGGACUCGUUUUACCUUGUCACCAUUUCUAUGUAUCUUAAAAGGUAGCUUUCUGUAUAUUACCACACCAAAAACAGACUUUGGGAAUCAAGCUGUUCACAGUAUUAUUCAAUUGUGCAAUGAACUUUAGUAAAUACUUUAGUAAAAAGUUGAGUACCAUAUCAACACUUUUAUGAAUGUCAAUUGAAAAUCACCAAUAAAUAUCCAACAUAAGCUGAGAAAAAUGGUUGAAUGAAGCUUGCCUCACCUGUGAAUCUCACAGACGUUUUUCGUUUCUCUGAAGGGUCCGGGUUUCAGCCCAGAGAUUGCCUUAAAUAAAACUUGUUAAUGAAUCAGGCAGGAGUAUAAGGGAAAUUGUGUAAAUCUGUGCAUGUUUUGUAGUCUUAAAAGGUUACGUUCGGUGUACGUGUCGAUUUCAUUGUGGUUUUGUAUCAACUGAGGGAAUCAACAAAUAAAUGUCUGCCAACCGUAA